UUCUUCUCUGAAAAAGUUCCAGUUCCGUUCCCGCUUCAGUUUUGGCGGUAAACUUUGCAGGUUUCUGUCUCAAAAUUGUGUGAGUUUCAGUGACUCUGAUCACCGAGAAAACACUGCGACGGUUAAUCGAGCGCGGGAAGCAGCAAUGCGAGUUGAGUCUCAAAUUAUCAAACCUAUCGAUAAGGGAAUCGUUCACAGAAUCUGUGCAGGUCAAGUGAUCCUCGAUCUCUCUUCUGCGGUUAAGGAGCUUGUCGAAAACAGCUUGGAUGCUGGCGCCACCUCCAUCGAAAUCGCUCUCAAGGACUUCGGCCAAGAAUGGUUUCAGGUCACCGACAACGGUUGCGGCAUUUCCCCCAAUAAUUUCAAGGUUCUUGCACUCAAGCAUCAUACUUCAAAGUUAGCGGAAUUUCAUGAUCUUCAGUCUCUAACCACUUUUGGCUUCAGAGGAGAGGCGUUGAGUUCCCUUUGUGCUUUGGGGAACUUGACUGUUGAAACAAGAACACAGAGUGAGCCUGUUGCAACGCACUUGACUUUUGACCAUUCCGGUUUACUGGUAGCGGAAAAGAAAACUGCACGACAAAUUGGUACCACUGUCACUGUUAAAAAGUUGUUCUCUAAUUUGCCUGUCCGAAGCAAAGAGUUUAGUCGUAAUAUACGCAGGGAAUAUGGCAAGUUACUCUCUCUGUUGAAUGCAUAUGCCCUUAUAGCAAAAGGUGUCCGUUUUAUCUGCACCAACUCAACUGGCAAAAAUGUAAAGUCCGUGGCACUUAAGACGCAAGGAAGUGAUUCUCUUAAAGAUAACAUCAUAACAGCGCUCGGCACGAACACUUUUAGUUGCUUAGAGCCCAUGGCAUUAUGUAUAUCUGAUGGUUGCAAAGUUGAUGGUUUCGUUUCCAAGUCUGGACAUGGUAACGGACGCAGUUUGGGAGACAGGCAGUAUUUUUUUGUAAAUGGUAGACCAGUGGAUAUGCCUAAAGUAGGCAAGCUUGUGAAUGAGUUAUAUAAAGCUGCAAACUCUAAACAAUAUCCCAUUGCAAUCUUGAAUUUUACAGUUUCUACAAGAGCGUACGAUGUUAAUGUGACUCCUGAUAAGAGGAAAAUAUUUUUUUCUGAAGAAACUGCCCUAUUGCAAGCCCUGAGAGAGGGUUUACAACAAAUUUAUUCUCCUGGUAAUGUAUGUUAUUCUGUUAAUGAUGUUGAGCUGCCUGCUGCGGAAGAAGACUGCGUUGAGUUGUGUUCGUCUAAUAGGAAGUCUCCUAUCAUAGUGAAACCAUCGUCCCCAAAUGGCAGUCUUCUUCAAGAAGAGCAUUACACUGAGUGCAACAUUGGUAAUAUUUCUCAUGGUGAGCAUAAGGAGAAACAUAUUACUGAUUCUGAAAAUGCUUAUGAAUCUGUUAAUGAAGAUCAGUCUUCACAUGUUGAAGAAGGGUUAAUCUGUGAGGAUGAUGGGAGUUUAAUGGCCCAGGAGUUCACACUCAGAGCACACAGCACUUUAAAGGAUGAUAAGAGUAGAAGACAGUCAGCAUGUACGGGUAGUAUUAUACUUGAUCAAGCUACUCUUGUCUCUAGGAAAGUUGAGAGUUGGGGCAUUUCUAACAAGGAUUCAUAUAAUCAUUCAAGACAUGUUCAGUCAACUCUUAACAAAUUUGUUACUGUAAAUAAAAGAAAUCGUGAUAGCAUCGUUACAGCCUUAUCUGAGGUGCCUGUCCUUAGAAAAGCUCCUCAUUGUCAACUGAAGACUGCAAAUACUGAAACACAUGACUUGGUUACCCGACAAUCACUUUAUUUUGACCAAAUUGAUGAAACUGAUAAGGCGAGUCAGAUUGAAUCUUUGCAGCAACUUAAUUCUGAUAACAUCAUCCACAAAAAUGAAAAUGCAAUUUCUUUCAGAGGUGAAUCUACUGAUGGAGAAACUAAAAUGGAUUUAGAUCAACAGAAUAAUACAUCUCUAGCUGAUACAGCAUCAAUUGGUCCAUCUAGCAAUGAUCUGAUCAAUACUACAAAGCAUGUUUUGGUCUCAGACCCCCCGUUACAUUCUUCGCCUGUACAGUUAGAUUCUUCCAAGUCUUCUGGUCAGAAGAUACGCUCCAACAUGCAAUUUUCUUUUCAAGACCUUAAGAAAAGGAGAGAGAAGAGGAUUUCUAUGUUGCAAUCCAAUAGAUGUGGAAAAGCUAAUGUCAAAAGUUGCUAUACGGCUGCAACUUUGGAGCUUUCACAACCAGAAAUUGAGGGGCAGAAAGAAAGGGCUUUAGCAGCUGCAGCUACCGAACUGGAAAGAAUUUUCAAGAAGGAAGACUUCAGCAGAAUGAAGGUCAUUGGGCAAUUCAAUCUUGGAUUUAUCAUUGGUAAAUUGGAUCAAGAUUUAUUCAUUGUGGAUCAGCAUGCUGCUGAUGAGAAAUACAAUUUUGAGCAUCUAUCGCAAUCAACCAUCUUGAACCAACAGCCUUUGCUUAGGCCCAUAAGAUUGGAGUUAUCCCCUGAAGAAGAAAUAGUUGCUUCAAUGCACAUGGACGUAAUCAGGAAAAAUGGAUUUACUUUGGAAGAGGAUCCAAAUGCACCGCCCAGAUGCCGUUUUAAAUUAAAGUCUGUUCCCUUCAGUAAAAACACUAUAUUUGGAAUUGAAGAUGUUAAGGAGCUGAUCUGUACCCUGUCUGAUGAUCAUGGGGAAUGUUCCAUUGUUGGUAGUUAUAAACUGGACACCUCAGAUUCUAUCUGCCCUUCAAGAGUUCGGGCAAUGUUGGCAUCACGUGCAUGUCGAUCAUCAAUUAUGAUUGGUGAUGCACUUGGAAGAAAUGAAAUGCAGAAGAUACUCGAGCAUUUGGCUGAGCUGAAAUCGCCAUGGAAUUGUCCUCAUGGCAGGCCGACCAUGCGCCACUUGGUCGACUUGACAAAAAUUCACAAGAGGUCAGAGCUAACCUUGCAGAUGUAAUUAAGAGUGGAUUUUUACUCCAAUCGCCGUUGCUAUAUUGGAAGUUGAGGGAAUUAUGUAACUUAUUCUGGAGGGGGGAUAUUUUGACUACCAAAAGUAUCCACUAUCACCUUACUACCUAUCAAAUCACCAUUGGAUCAAAGAGAGAGAAUGUUAAAAAGUUUUUGAAGAGAGAGAAAAUGUUAAUCCAAUGGUGAUUAGAUAGGUAGUAAGGUGGUAGUGGAAACUUUUGGUAGUCAAAAUAUCCUCCCUCCUUAUUCUGUAUAAAUACCAUGUACAAAAUAUUAGUUCUGUAAUGUUAUAGAGUCUGGAUGUGUUGAGUGUCUCCGGCAACAGUGGCAAAGUGCCACUGUUGAAAAAAAAAACACCAAAAUGCUACGCCAACAGUAAAUUUUGUCAAAAUGUCACGUGGCAUAUUUCGCUACAUUGUGUAGCGAAAUAUGUGUGCAAAUAAUUCGCUACACGAUGUAGCAAAAUACCACGUGUCAGACAGGGAGAAUUUCACUACACUGUGUAGCGAAAUUCUCCCUGUUUGACACGUGGCAUUUUUGAUUCUGACGUGGCAUAUUUCGCUACACCGUGUAGUGAAUUAUUUGCACACAUAUUUCGCUACACAGUGUAGCGAAAUAUGCCAUGUGGCAUUUUGACAAAAUUUACUGUUGGCAUGACAUUUUGGUGUGUUUUUUUUUGCCAACAGUGGCACUUUGGCCACUGUUCGGUGCAUGAGCAUGCUUGAUGUGCUGAGCUUCUCACCGGACAGUCUUCCUGCUUGACAUUGCCUUACUUUGCUAAUGGUCUGCUGCACAACUUUCAAGCCUUCCUGCCACUCUAGUCUUCCUCCUUAGCACUCGCUUUGGUUUUGGAUGUUACAUUGACCCUUUGAUAGUGUUAUUUUUAUUUAUUUAUUUAUUUUAUUGGGAGAGGUUAUAUUUA